UUCACAAGUAACGCUCCUCGUUCCUCAAAAACUGCUAUGAGAACUUGAUCAUGGACAAGGAGGAGUGCCGGAAGAGUUCACUCUGCCGCCGGGAGCUGAUCGAGAUCAUCCGGGAUAGCAAGGUGAAGAACAGUCUUAGAAAACUCCUGCAAAAUUCACCAAAGCAUCGCCACCGGUCGCACGCGAUUUCGGCCUGCGUCAACGGAGAUCAAGAGCAGCAGUGCACCAUGAUCGGUGCCGACCAAACGCAUGUGGUUGCCGCCCACAACGAGACUAACCUGUGCGGUUACGAUUCCUAUCUGCACCAGACGAUCUGUGCGGCGGCUGCUUCGGCUAAGCAUGCGACCUUGCAUUGACGGCCCUGCCGUAACGACUGGCAGGAUUCUGCAGCAACACGACGCACACACACAGAGGUACGAUGCAUAACGCGCAUUUCAAGCUGAAAUAUACUCAUUUGAACAAUUCGUUUUCUGGAAGGAACUACGCCUCGCAGUCACCAACCGGACCCAGCAAUACCCGAAUCUGUGCUCGACCAGCAAUAUCCGAAUCUGUCAGCUGGCGGAAGAGAUGGUCGAACGGGGAGGCCCCCGGAAGGCUGCCGCCCUCAAGCUUAAGCGAUCCAAAAGCAAAGGGGAGAUCAUCCCGAGAACAGCUAAACUCGACAACGUGCUGGCCGCAGAUCUCCUACUGGAUAUCCUCAAAAUCACAAGACAUCGCCGAUCUAAUGCCUCAUCAGCUCGGCGACCAAAAAGAACAUCCGGAUGCACCACACGACCGCACUGCCAACGGCAGCCUCCAAGAGGCCGUCACCCACAUCCGGGACAUAUUCGCCUACGACAACAGUCGUUACUAAGACGAGGACUCUGAUGAUCGUGUGAUGUAGUCCAACUUUGCGCAGGUUCAUCGCGAAAAGUACAGCAAGAGACAGCAAGAACAAGAAGAUCGGACCUGGAAGACAUGCGGCUGGUAGAAGAGGAGAAGCGGCUGAAGGCGCUGACGAAGAAGAAAGCUGUUUCGAAAGGGAGCAGGGAGGAAAGGAUUAAGAUUAGUUUUUUCCUUUUUUUUUUUGGAAUUUAUUUUGUUGCGGUAUAUUUAUUAGCACAGGCAAGCUGGCAAUCUUUCACCAGUUUUUAGACUAGCUGCUUCAACUCUCGUUUGGCAUUCUCCAAACCACCGAUGUCGGUUCAGGUCGUGACUUCCCCGGCGGAUAUCCUUUGCAGGCCCGUCCAAGUUUAAAUAUAGAAUCUUAACGAAGGGGGAGCGGCCACAUCAGAGAAUCUUCCGUUCAACCGUCCCCGUUUUUUCAACGAUUCCUUGCACUACUCGUACUCGUGCUCCAACUAUCCGAAUCCCUUCACUUUCGCAGCUGAUGAACUAAUAUUUGACGAAGUCGUUCACUUGUAAAGCAAUGGAAAAUCGCUAGCGGAGAGGUCGACCACCGGCGACGUUGCCCCAGUACUAAUCGCCCGUUCUACAACAGCGUUGUCUCCGCCAGUGAACGCGCUAUUCACUAGCCGCGCUUGGUCUUCUGCGACUUGCUUCAUGAUUGAUGACUGUUUACCAUGGUUAACCGCUAGUUGGGUUGUUAAAGCACUGCUGAUGGUUGUCCUCGAGCAUACGCCUGUUGACUUAACCUCCGGCGGAUGUUCUGCAGUGACUUGGAGAAAUCGUCCAGGAUCGGUGACAAGAGAGAAGGCAUCUCCAUGACGCACUCGUUCAGAAUAUCGUCAAUAAACUUGUACACGACCUUGGGCAGCGGCGAUUCUAGAGUACUCGGUGGCCUUUGCGUUUUUUUUUUUCAAAUUUUGAUCAAUUUAUUUCCUUUUUAAUGAAACAUUAAACAAUUUUCAUGACCCGAUUCGCUUGUUGGGCUUGUGCCCCACAGCAGCACCGACGGUGGCUUCGUCUCCGGCGUCGGAACGCACAUGAUGUUGAGCAGAAUCUGGCCGAUGCUGGUGUCGGCCCGCACCAGGAUCUGCACCUUCCCAUUCAUCUUUUGCCGUCAGCUUUGACGAACAGUUUGCACCGCUUGGGAAAGAUGCUGUCAUUUUCCUUGACCGGCGUGAACUCCACCUUGCACGGUUUGGCAUCGGCGGUGGCCAUUCCGUCCGGCUUGCUGUCCUCGGUGGGUUUGGCCACGUUGGCGAAGAUGAAGCCCGUUCCGGGCGUGGAACUUGUCGAGCCAAACCCGAAGCUGAAUCGUUUGGCUGCCGAUGGACUUGGUGCCGCGGCCGUGUUUUUCGUCGUCACUGGUACGACGCUUCCAAACGUGAAUCCACUGGUGGCCGGCUUUGCGGCCGUUGACUCCUUUGUGUCCACCUUGCUGCUACUCUUCUUGGCCUAGAUAUCAUCCAGAUACUUUCGUGAUCCUUGAAGAUCGGCCUCAGCUUUCACACUAGAUUCUCCUUGACCUUCUCCGAAAUCCAAGCGGCCACGGCAACAUUGAGUGCCUUCACGUUGGCUGCAUACUCGUCAUCCCCGGUGUUCGUGCCGACGGAGCCUGCUGUGUCCUCCUUCGGCCGGCUGCCAACCUCGGAAAAGACCAUCUUGCUCGGGUCAGUCGUGGCACAGAUGGUGGCUCGCAGCGCGGACGUCGUGGCCGCCGUCCCAUUGAUAGGUUUUGAUAUUCCACUGAGAAGCGAAAAUGGACUGGCUCCUCCAUCAGUAGGCGUCACAGCCGGUGUCAACGUCACCCCGACGAAGUCCUUGAAUGCAUCAAACACCGACGACCUAGCCGACGACGAUUCACCGCUGCCCGCGGAAUCUGUACCGGCGAUUUCGUUUUAAUUACGCGUUUUUUAAACUUGUCCUCGGAAGUCUGGGCAAAUCGGCCCGCCUCCUCCUCCUCGUUCCAGUUGUCUUGGUUCAGGCCGGACUGCGCACCGCGUUUGGCCAUUUGCCAGGUUAGAACCAGGUUAGCCACUUCAAUUCCCAGAUGUUGCUUUACGGCCGCAACCACGAGUGAUGUUUUAGGUUUGUUUUGAUGUUUUGACGUUUGUCCAUCAGCCCAAGAUAACAUUUGAAGGGUAGGAAUACGCUAAUUGAUUAGCGAUAAUCCUAAUCAACUAGUUGUAAAUUCUAAUUAACUAAACGAUUAUUUUUAGUUAAUUAGAG